AAUAUGUCAUAAUGCGCCCUGUGUUUUAUAAACAUAUUUUAUACUAGAUUUGUAAUGUUCUACAUUUUUAUAACAACACUUCUAGUUCAAACUUUGAUUGUGACAGAGUCUUUGGCUCUCAAUGUUAGAACUACUUUAUUCACGCCAGCAGACUUAGCCAAGAAAAGGUGGAAUAAAAGAGAAGUAGCUUUACUUAGAGCACGUAUGUACUGUCAGGAUAUGAUACCUCCCAUGGAGAUCUUGCAAAGCCCUGAUUAUAUAAGUUCUUUAAUCCGUUAUAUAGAAAACUGCUAUGCUGCCGUGAACCAAGCGGCAUUUGAUGCCGAAUCCGGAACAAUCCUAACAGUUGCCGCGUCCGAUGUUUUCGGGGGCUAUUUAAAAAUGGUCGCUUUACCAAUGACAAAGUUAGCAUACUACAAUGGUGAUAUACCCACAAAAGAAGCCAUGAAGUUGUUUAAAUACUAUGAUGAUAUUAAAAACCAGCUGCAUACGAACGGUAAAGGCUGGUCGGAGCCGCUUAAAAACAUUCCGAAACCUCAAAACGUUCGUGGCGUGCGAUCAAACACGCCGAUGCCGAAAAUAAAGAAUCCAUGCGAACGGCUAUUGUACUUGAACAACAAUCAACAAAAUGUGACUAUGCCGAUGCCAUCCAUAGACUGGAGGACGCGCAUGAUGUUUGUACCGUUAACGAACCAGCCGAUAGUAGAUUUAAAGUCUCCGCUCAUCAGCUCAGUCCUGGAGCAGUUCCAUCAGCUGGCCACGGCCUGCGAGCGCUACAUCACCCCCGACCGCAGGUACUUUCAAGGCUCGUUCGAAGAAUGGGUGAACGAGGCCGUAGUACCGCAUCUUAGCGAUGACGAUUUGUACACGGGUUUUAAAGGCAUUUUAUCAUUAAUAGAAAACGCUAAUCUAGUAACAGGCCCUGGUGAAUGUAAAAAACAGCAGCAAAAACACUCUUUUUUUAAUAUAUUCCAUAACAUGUCAAAGAAGACGAUAGUAAUAACAAUCAUAUUGAUUCUCGAAUUAAUAUGUUGUAUCCCGACUCUCCUGUAUUGCGUAAUGAAAAAGAAAAAGAAAUGUAAUGUUUCAACUAAGUCGACCUCAUCGCGUAAGGCACCAUCGCAUAUACAUAAUAGAAAAUCUUAUAAUAACAAAACUGUUUUUUAUGAACUCAGUUCACCUAGUUCAUCAUUCCAUAGUGAAACCAAGAUUACUUCGAGGGGGAAUGCUAGUAAUAACAAGAAGUUUAUGAAGAAUAAGAUUAGCUCCGAACUCUCUAAUGCUUCGGGUUCUCGGCGCUCAUAUUCCUCAAUACCUGACGCAUCCACAACGGCAGACGAAGCCCUUUCUAUAAGAAAAUCUUCCCAUCAAAAGAUUCUGUCUUCAAGCCAUCAAACUCUUCGAUACAAGAUUACAGAAACCGAUGAAAUUGACGUUUCUCAAGGCCAAACUCAGGUGUCUAAAGCUUCGCUACCUAGAAGAAGUUCAACCAGUACAGUAAAAUAUACCGACGAUACUGGAGAAACGAUUACUUUAUCAACAGUGCUUCCACAGGAUAAGAGCACUUCUAAAGUAUUAAGAAAAUCAAAACGCUUCAAACCACGACAUGUUAUAUCAUCACUCAGUCCCGACACUUACAAUGGUCAUCCUUCCUCAGAAAACAUCAAGGCAAAUCGUGAAAACAAUAUUUCUACUGUUAAGGAACUCAAGUUAGAAUUAUUCGAUGAAAGAAUGGAUGUUUUACCUCUGAUGUUAUGUAGCAGUGAUAAAACUGUGGAAUUCGUGUCACCUCGCGCGAGCAGAACUCACACUAAAAAUAGCGAAAUUAAUAUAAAUCGAUCAAUGAGAGAAAAGGAGAGCCAAGAAAGAGUGGAUAGACCCAGUCGGUCGCGGGGUGAGAAAUCAAGACAAAGAAUAGUUAAGAAUCCUGAAGUAAUGCCACAGAGGAAAGGAAUAUUAAAGUUGGAUAAAACAAAAGCAAGCAAGAUUCCGAAGAUAAUUAAUUCACCGAGGAAUUUAUUUGUUUGUUCUGCACCAAGGAUUAAAAGGCGAGAGCCAGAUAGUGGUCGUAAGAGUAUGAUCCCGAAAGCACGCCAGAGCAUCCCAGAGCGCGCGCUGGACGACAGUGCCCUCGCCAGCAGCAGCCCGAGAGAAGGGAAGUUGAAUGUUACUCUGUAAUUUUACUGUAUUCUUAUGAUAGAUAUACUUACUUACUCCUUUUUAGAGUGUUUUUUUGAGAAUCUAACCUUAGUUCUAGUAAAGUUAUAGGUACAAUACAAUACAAUACAAAUCCUCUUUAUUGCACAACCUCAGAAUAAAUGAACAUAGAAACACAUAUAAUACAUGAAGAUAGAGGUAAACAACAGGCGGCCUUAUCGCUACAGAAUGAGGUACGUUGCUUUAAAAAACAUUUGAAGUAGUAUAUUAGUUAAAGUCGUGCAAUUCAUGUUGCAUUCGCAGCAGUUAUAAUUAUUUUAUAGACAUCAUUUUCCGCACAGCAAAUGAAAUUAACCAGAAAAUAAAUCCUGAAAACCUCACAAAGUAUAAAUCUAAUCUAGUUUGCACGCUGGGCCUGACCCGAC